AUGGACAGCGGGCUGACGGGAGCAGAGAAGGAGAAGGGCACACGAUGUCUCAUCCGCAUGGAUCCCGCGACACAGAAGACGACCCUCCUCGCACCCGCCGACGAUGAAAACACUUCAAACACACGCCGAACCUAUGACGACAAGGAGUUCACGUUUGACCGCUCAUACUGGUCGCACGACGAGUCGGAUCCCCACUAUGCACACCAAGAGGACGUCUACCGCUCCUUUGGCGAGGAGUUCCUGGACCAUAACUUUGAGGGAUACCACACGUGCAUCUUCGCCUACGGCCAGACGGGCUCUGGAAAGAGUUACACCAUGAUGGGCACCCCAGACAACCCAGGCUUGAUCCCACGCACGUGUGAGGAGCUCUUUGACAGAAUCGCACACGAGCCACGGCCCGACACAAGCUACCAUGUGCAGGUCUCCUACUUUGAGGUGUACAACGAGCAUGUGCGCGAUUUGCUCACUCCACGCACAACCCCUCCCAUUUACCUCAAGAUCCGCGAGAGCCAGAAAGAUGGCGUCUACGUCCAAGGCUUGACCGAGACUGAAAUCAAGUCGUAUGCCGAUAUUGAGCGCCUCUUGAGAGUCGGCGACCUGAGCCGAACAACUGCCUCCACCAAGAUGAACGACACAUCAUCGCGAUCCCAUGCUGUUUUCACUAUCCGACUCAGGCAGAUCACUCACUCGUUGCUCUCGGAUGAAACUAUUGAACGUACCUCUCGCAUGCGUCUCGUUGACCUUGCAGGUUCGGAGCGCGCCAAGUCGACAGAGGCCACCGGCCAGCGCCUGAAGGAGGGAGGACAAAUCAACAAGUCGCUCACGACGCUUGGUCGUGUUAUUGCUGCCCUUGCAGACCCUCGCCGGCAAGGCGCCAAAGGACGACGACCGCGUGAAGUGGUCCCGUACCGUGAUUCGGUUCUGACUUGGCUUCUGAAGGAUUCUUUGGGCGGCAACAGCAAGACUGCCAUGGUCGCUUGUAUCGCGCCUGCAGACUAUGAGGAAACCCUGUCAACGCUACGGUACGCCGACCAAGCGAAGCGUAUCCGCACCCGUGCUUUAGUCAAUCAGGACAGCAUAUCAGCUGCGCAGCGUGAUGCGCAGAUUACGGAGAUGGCAGAGCAGAUACGCAGUCUACAAGUCAGUGUCAACGCUGCGAGUCAGCGCAAAAGGGAGGAGGCUACGGAACUCGAAGAAUACCAACGUCAAGUCGCGCUGAUGCAGAGGCUGAUGGAGGAGAAUCGGCAAAUGUCAGCGGCGAAGAUCAGAGCACUCACUACCGAGGUCGAAGAGCUCCGCCCAGCAAAUACUGCAUUACAUGCUGAGAUUGACUCCCUGCGUCGCCACCUAGCUCUUGCCCUGGGCGAACUCAAGAAUCCUAUCGUGCUGCCUCCGCCCCGUUCGCUUGGCUCGCCCAACUUUGAGCAGGAGGACUGGUUUGGCGAAGGAGACGGUAAUGAGAAAUCUGUCCCCGCACCCCGCGAUGAUGAAGGCAGUGAUGAUGACUCAGACUCAGACUCAGGCUACGAUGAAGGAGAUCACGAUGAGCUGGCGCAGGAGCUGCAAAACGAAGCACAGGACUUCUUGAAGGACCUGGGCCUCUUCCGGAAGAAGGUGGGCAGCGACGUCGAGCGAUUUGGUUUGAAGGAGGCUCUGGCUGAAAUGAUGGGGCAUUGA